AUGUGUCUGUUUUCUUAUUUUGCAGUUCUCUGUAGAAAAAUUGUUCCUUUUAAACUAGCUGAUAUUGGAGAAGGCAUCAAAGAAGUAAACGUCAAAGAAUGGUAUGUGAAUGUGGGAGACCAUGUGAAGCAGUUUGACAGCAUCUGUCAGGUACAGAGUGAUAAGGCUUCUGUCACCAUUACUAGUCGUUAUGAUGGAGUCAUCAGUAAACUCUAUUACGAAGUGGAUGAUGUUGCCCAGGUCGGGGACCCACUAGUCGAUAUAGAAACGGACAAGGAUACAGAGGAAACGCAUCGUCCUGAUGAGUCAGAUGAUUCUAGUUCUUCCUCCUCCUCAUCAUCAGAAGAUGAAAAAUCUCAACCUCAGGUCCUCAAACAGAAAGUUCUUGCCACUCCAGCUGUGCGAAAGAUUGCCAUGGAGAACUCAAUCAAGCUCUCUGAUGUUGCUGGUACAGGAAAAGAUGGUCGAGUGUUAAAAGAGGACAUCAUGCGACACAUACAAGGUGGAGCACCACCUGCAGCAACACCUGUUGCGACCCCCACCCCUGUUGCUGUGCCUACUCCUGCUGCUGUUCCAGCACCGACACCUGCAAGGAUAUCUCCAAUUCCUGUUGUACCAGCAGUGUCCAUCCCAAUCGGAAAGGACAAAACAGAACCUAUUAAGGGGGUUAGGAAAGCCAUGGUGAAAUCUAUGACUGAAGCUAACAGUGUCCCCUUGUUUGGAUAUUGUGACGAAAUUGAUGUGACUAAACUUGUUUUUCUGAGGGAAAGUGCAAAAGCAGUGACUGCAGCCACUGGAAUGAAAUUCUCCUACAUGCCAUUUAUCAUAAAGGCAACCUCGAUGGCAUUGCACCAGUUUCCCAUCUUGAAUGCCUCUGUGGACAAAGAAUGUGAAAAUAUCACAUAUCUGGCUGCUCAUAACAUUGGUAUAGCUAUGGAUACUAUUGAAGGACUAAUUGUUCCAAAUGUAAAAAAUGUGCAGUCCCUAAGUGUGUACGAGAUUGCAGCUGAACUUAAUCGACUACAUGCAUUAGGACUGGAAGGGAAACUGUCCACAGCUGACAUGACCGGUGGCACAUUUUCUCUGUCAAACAUUGGAGCGAUUGGUGGAACCUAUGCAAAACCAGUGGUGUUACCACCACAGGUAGCUAUUGGAGCCCUUGGCAAAUUCCAGGUGCUUCCCAGGUUUGAUGAGGAGGGUAAUGUGAAGAAAACACAUAUUAUGAAUGUGAGCUGGUCAGCUGAUCACCGAGUGAUAGAAGGUGCCACUAUGGCACGAUUUUCCAACGUGUGGAAAGCCUACCUAGAGAAUCCUGCUACUAUGACAAUACACUUAAGAUAAAGUGGAUGUUUUAGUUUUAAGUAAAUCAGAUCAUUCCAUCAUUUCAACAGUAAAUGCUGUAUUUAUCCAACACAGGGCCACUACCUGAUCAUAUUUGGCAGUACCAUCGUGUUUAUAGUACAUAUGUAUAUCACACUGGGAUAUAGGCAUAAUGUUGUUGAUCUUUUUGUGAAGCAGUUUAGAAUUCAGAUGAAUACAGAAGCAUAGUGGUAUGUGUCUGAAAUGGUUGGUGUUACCAGUAUAAUUUUUUAAAUAUUCACAGAAGUUUGUCAGCUUAGUGUAUUAUCAAUUAUUGAAGAUGUAUGAGAAGGUUGUCUGCAAGUUAUAAAGUUAAAUUGAACUUCUGAAAGGAUCAACCUUUUCUGCUUAAGUAUUUUUUCUAUCUUAUGAAAGAAACAACUUUAAUUCGAAUUGUUAAGUAGGUGGUUCAACUUUUAAAAAUUUUUGUUUUUUUUUGUUUUUCCUAGUCCAAAUGAGAAAGAAGUUUGACUAUAUAAAAGUGUAUGAUUGUAUCAUGCAUAAGUAUGGUAUUAUUCUGAUUCUGGAAUACACUUUUUAUAAGUUGACUUUCAUGUGAUAAAGUGUAACCUCACUACAUGCCAUCACAAUCGAUAAUUUGAAAAAGAUACUCAUUGUGUAAACAAGUACAACAUAUAACUAUAUACACACAAGUAUUAGCAUAUAUAUUUACCUUGCUGUUUUACAUUUCUUCAGUGAAAGAACCAAACAAAAAAUAUAUUUAUUCAACCAGAGGCAUUGCAUUCAAAUAAGUGCAUAGAAGUUAUAUAUAGUCAGUUUAUUUCUAUGCAAGUUUGUUGAUGUCAUUUUUUCGGGAUUCUUGCUAACCUAACGAGUUGCUAUAAAUCCAUUGUCCUGUACUUUUACUCAGUAAGAAAGAAGCUAGUUUUAAAUUGUUGUUUUGUUUGGUAAAAAAUGCUGACAUGUUAAAUUUUGUUGUUUGCUGUGACACAUACCAAACAUAUUUUGUGAAUUUCAAAGUAAACUGAUUGUAUACAUGUGUGUGUGUGUGUGUGUUUGUGUGUGUGUGUGUGUGUGUGUGGUUUUUUUUAUAUGAAGAAAAAGAAUCAUGAGCUCUGAUACCUUGUAGACCUGGCAUUGAUACUGUCAGAAACAUCAUCCCUAAAGAGAAAAUUCUACCUUCAGUAAAAAGUUAACUUUAUAGGAAUGUCUGGACUGUUGUGUGUUGUUGUGAAUGUGAAGUAGUAGGUUAUGAAAUAGACAUAUAAUAUAUAAAAGUUUGUGAGGGUGAAGAUGUGUGUGGGAACAUAUUAAAUGAAAUUGAUUGUUAAAAUUUUAAAGCUAUCUUUUAUAUAGCUUAAAGAAGUAAAAGAAUGCAGAUUAGUUAAUUUAGUCUGUCAAAAUGACAAAAUUAGUGGUACCAUGGUAAUAUUUUAGCGAGUUCAUUGCUGACACAGAUGUUUUUUUCUUUAUCUUUGGUUAUUUAUAGAUAAGUCUUAAUUUUCAGAGAUAUUCUUUUUAUAUAGACAACUGUGCAUUUUCAGAAAGCGAUGGUAAUGAUUUAAAAUGUAUUAUAUCUCUGUAAAAAUAACAAAUAUCAUUUUAAUUUACAUGUAAAUUGAUGUGUUGAAAUAUUUUUUAGAAAAUGUACAUUUUUCCAUGUGAAUUAAACAUGGAUUUAACAAGAGAUGGUUAGAAGGAAUCGCUAGCAAGUCUGAUUUUGGAGUGUCAUACUGCCCUUAUAUCAUAAAAAAGUCACAUGAUGCAUAUUGGUUGAUAACAAGAAACACUGGGCAACAACCUAACUCUCUGACUUAUGUUAAUGUACCUGGCCACAAAUUCAUGUGUUUUUGGUGAUAUGUUAAUCAGAUUGAUUUUAUUAGGUAAUAUCUUAUAUCAUUUUUUAAUUUGAAUCUCAAGUACCAAGUGUACACAUACAGAGUCUGGUAUUGUUAAAAGUCUGACAAUACACAGCUUGUAUAAUUUGUGAAAUGAAGUAAUUUAAUAAAACACAUUAAAACCCAAA